UUGAUGUGUGCAGCCCCAAUCCAUGUCAAAAUGGUGGUACCUGUAUGCGGCAGGGUCUUACAGGAUUCACUUGCAUGUGUACAAGCAGCUUUACUGGGGCUCACUGCCAGGAGAGACAACAACGAUGUGGUGGCUUUCUACCCAAUGAAGCAGGCACCCUCACUUUCCCUGAUUCUAGUUCAAGAUCAACAAGCUAUCCACAUGGUAUGAGCUGUGCUUGGGUCAUUAUCACAAACAGCACGAAAGUACUUAAUGUCACCUUUACCAAUUUUCACUUGGAGGGUUCUGCUGGGUGCACCUAUGACUGGCUGCAGGUACAUGAUGGGAGGUCUGCAGGAGAUCAGCUUAUUGGUCGUUUCUGUGGUGAUACACCUCCUGGAGGUGGGCAUCUGAUUUCUACUCAUAAUGCCCUGUAUUUAUGGUUUCGCUCUGAUGGCAGCGUGAACAGGGAGGGAUUCUCAUUAACAUGGAAUUCAGUGCAGCCUGAGUGUGGUGGAAUUAUUAUAGCACAAUCGCAUGGCAGUCUGCAGUCUCCGGGCUCACCAGGAAACUACCCACAGAACAGAGACUGUGCCUGGAUUAUCAGGGCUCCUCGGAGUAAACGAAUCCAGUUUCAUUUCUUCUCACUUCGAAUGGAGAAUCACACCACCUGCUCUUUCGAUUUUCUCAGGUUCUAUGAUGGACUUUCUGAACGUGAUCCAAUAUUUGCUGAAUUCUGCAAUUCAUCAGAACCAGAGCCUCUAAUGUCACCAGGAAGCACUGUUAUGAUUCACUUUCAUUCAGACAAUGAAAGCAGCGACACAGGUUUCCAGAUUGCAUACUCCACAGUUCCAGGGAUGUCUGGUUGUGGUGGACUGUUUACGGAUGCUGAGAAAACAAUUACAUCACCCAACUAUCCACAGCAGUAUCCUCGUAAUAUUGACUGUGAGUGGACAAUACGUCUACCUCCAGGAGAAAGACUAAGCAUUGAAUUUACUGACUUUGAACUGGAAGAUUCAAGAAGCUGUAUAUUUGACUUUGUGGAGCUGAGAGAUGGAAAUUCAGAGGAAUCUCCACUGAUUGGUCGCUACUGUGGAGUGUACGGGCCACCUACCUUUUUGUCAAACAACAACAAACUCUACCUUCGUUUCCGGACAGACAUGUCAAUAACCAGAAAAGGCUUUAGCAUGAAAUAUCAUGCUGUUUGUGGUGGUACAAUAACUGCUCCAUCUGGACAAAUACAUUCUCCACUGUAUCCAAAUGUAUACCCCAACAGCAAACACUGCAUAUGGCAAAUCGAGCAGCCACUUGGAAAAGCCAUUGAACUUAAUUUUGUUGAUUUUGAUUUGGAAGCUCUCUUCUUCAGGAGAUUACAUUCAGUGUGUCCAUAUGAUGCGUUAGAGAUUCGUGAUGGGCACAGCAAACAAUCUCCAUUGAUUGGACGAUAUUGUGGCAGUGCCAACCCACCAACUAUUAUUUCCACAUACAACCAUCUUUGGAUGGAAUUUACUACAGAUCAGUCCAGACAAAAGCGUGGAUUUUUGGCAAAUUACACUACAAUAGAUACAGGAUGUGGUGGCAUCCUGAAAGGAUCCAAUGGAACAUUUGAAUCUCCACGAUAUCCAAAUUCUUAUUCACCUGGACAAACUUGCCGAUGGAUUCUUGCAGCACCGCCAGGGAAAUCUAUCCAACUUACAUGGGAUUCGUUUGCAUUGGAAGAAGGAUUUGAUGAGGACUGUGACUUUGAUUAUAUUGAAGUAUAUGAUAAUUCCUCAUUUGGUGCCUCAAAUAUGGGCAGGUUCUGUGGUGAACGACUUCCACCAGUAUUGGUCACCAUAGGAAAUGUAAUGACUGUUGUGUUUCAGUCUGAUCAUAGCAUUAAUUACCAAGGAUUUAGUGCACAUUACAAUCAAAUAGACAUUUCAACAACAUGUGGUCACACUUUCCAUUCAACAAUGGGUGCUAUCCAGUCCCCACGAUAUCCACAAAAUUAUCUUCCUGGUCAGGACUGCACUUGGAUCAUCUCCAUUCCAGUUGGUCAGCAGAUUAUGUUAAAUGUCACAGACUUUGAGCUGGAGGCAGGCAGUUGUAAAUAUGACUAUCUGGAGAUCAGAAAUGGAGGCAAUGCCCUUUCACCAUUGGUGGGCAAAUUUUGUGGUACAGCUAUACCAAGGACAAUCCCAUCACACAGCCAUCUCAUGUUUAUACGCUUUGUAACAGACUAUAGUAUUCAGAGGAAAGGUUUCCGUAUCACAUGGGAUGGCACAGCAACAGGAUGUGGUGGAAUUAUGACAAGCCCUUCAGGAUCAUUUACUUCUCCUAAUUAUCCACAAAACUACCAUGAUGUUUCGUUAUGUACCUGGAAGAUAUCAACAAGCAGGGGAAGCAUUCUACAGCUUGUCUUCAUUGACAUAGAAAUGGAAGAGAUGGGUGACUGCUACUAUGACUUUGUUGAGGUUCGCGAUGGAAAGGACCCAUCUGGCCGACUCCUGGGAGCAUAUUGUUCCAGUUCACAUCCAGCGUUUAUCCGAUCAUCUUCCAAUCACAUGUUUGUUACAUUCAAGUCUGACUUCAGUGGUAGUGGUCGAGGCUUCCACGCAAAGUAUGAUACUGUUUGCAACUUAGAUCUUCGCGGUUUCCAUGGAGUGAUAGAGAGUCCAAACUUCCCAGAAAUAUAUCCAAAUUCUCUGGACUGCACAUGGAAUAUAAAGGCUCCACGUGGUCACAAUGUAUCUCUUGCAUUUUCACACUUUGAACUGCAGGAUUCUGAAAGACGGUGGUUCUGGCGCAGGCGAUGGCAGACAACUCCUGCAACACCAACAUGUGGUCUCGAUUUCCUUGAGAUCAAGGAAUCUUUCAAUGAUGACACCACUCAAAACACACUUCUUAAAGCAUGUGGCUCUCAACUACCAGCACCAAUAGAGAGUCGUAUGAAUACAGUUCAGGUCCAUUUCCACACAGAUGAUUUUAGUUCUUUCUCAGGUUUUCGUCUCGAGUGGAAUGUCAAAGGAUGUGGUGGCCAUCUGGAGCGACCUUUUGGAGAAUUUACAUCUCCUUCAUAUCCUAAUCACUACCCAGAUAAUGUUCUAUGUGAGUGGCUCAUCACUGUUGAAUGGGGCAAUAGUGUACAACUCACCAUUGAAGACUUCAGUAUGGAACGCACCCCAGACUGCGGUUUGGAUUCACUCACGAUAUAUGGUGGUAUAGAUGACACAGCACCCCAACUCACCCAGCUCUGUCAUACCCAAGAAAAAGCAAUGAACUACUCAUCAUCUGGAAAUAAUAUGUUUAUUCGAUUUGUCAGUGACUGGGUUUAUUCUGGUAGAGGCUUUAAAGCUUCUUACAAGACAGUAGCAUCACGUUGUGGUGGUCAUUUAACAACUCCAAAAGGGUCAAUUCAUUCAAGCAAUUAUCCAAACAAUUAUGACCCCUAUGAUGACUGCAUGUGGCUGAUUGAAGUUGACACUAAUCAUCGAAUCAAUUUCACAGUCAGCGACAUUGACAUGGAAUCCAGCUCAGAUUGUUAUUAUGAUUACCUUGCAAUUUAUGAUGGUUCAUCAACAGACAAUGAGACGCAAAUGUUAGCAAAACUCUGUGGCUCUAGUGCACCACAACCAGCGUGGUACCUUUCUACCUCCAACAGCAUGACGAUAAGAUUCAAGAGUGAUGGUUCUCGCUCUUCAAAAGGGUUUCUGGCAAAUUACAGUGUGAUGUGUGGUGCAAGAAUUGUGACUGAAGAUGCUGGUCAAAUUUCACUGGAGGACUUUAUCAAUGCUUCACCACAUGCUAGUCGCAACUGUACAUGGACAAUUGUUGGUGCAUCACCUGAUGAUCGUGUGACACUUACCAUAACCCACCUGGACUUCCCACAGACUAGUGGGCCUGACUGUUAUCCAGAAUAUUUAGAGAUUCGUGAUGGUGAAAAUGUGAAUGCUACACUCUUGGGGCAGUACUGUGGUUCCAGAAUACCACCACAUAUUACCAGCCAUGGGAAUGCACUCUUUCUCAAUGCUUUUACAAUGAGUGGUGUACAUGAUGGUAGAUUUAUUGCAUUUUAUUCUGUUGCAAGAUCAGCCUGUGGUGGAGAUUUGACAUCUGAGUCUGGAUCCUUUGCAACUCCUGGCUACCCAGGCAGCUAUCCUCUCGAUGUAGAGUGUGUAUGGUCUAUCAGGACUUCACCAGGAAAUAGUGCUAUUGUGACAUUUUCUCAGUUCUCACUUGGCGGUAGUAACUGUGAUGAAGACUAUGUUGAAGUACGCCGAGAGAGUGGUGGUGGUCCACUUAUGGGCUUAUAUUGUAGUGACUCACCGCUACCAUCUAAUCUGACUGCUGCACACAGUAUCUGGGUGAAGUUCCGUAGUGGGACAGCUGGCCCACCAGGAUCGGGCUUUUUGGCUUCUUAUCAACUGUUGCAUGGUAACAACUUGGAAGGACCAUCAGGACAGCUGGCAUCUCCACUCUAUCCUCAACCAUAUACAAAACAAGGUGUAUUCAAUUGGAGAAUCACUGUUGACUUUAACCAUGUUAUUACCCUGACAUUCAAGAAUUUUUUCAUCCCAACAUAUUUUGGUGGCUGUUUGUAUUCCUCAUUGACAGUGUUUGAUGGUUAUGAUGAGACUGCACCUACACACACACAGUUCUGUGGUGGUAGAGCUCCAGAGUCAUUUACUUCAACAUCAAAUAUUAUCUAUAUUGUGCUGACAACUCAUGGUUCUCGUGAAGGGGCCUAUUUUCUUCUUGAAUGGCUACAGGUCGAGCAAGUAACACAGAUCCCUGAUUACUUAGCUCCACCUGUUAAUGCAAGUGGUUGUGGAAGCACCACUCAGCUUGGAGACACAUUUAAUACUUCACAAGUGAACAUCUCAUCACCAAAUUUUGGGUCCGGAUAUGAACCAAUGGACUGUGUAUGGAUAUUUGAGACACCCCCUACCAGCCAUGUAGCUGUCAAAAUCAGGACUCUCGAUGUACGCUCAUUUUCCAGUUGGUGUCACAGUGCUAAAGUUCAGAUAUUUAGUGGAAAACUUGGAACACAAGACUGGACUCUUCUGGUAGAGACUUGUUUAAGCAAUGCAUCAUCUCUUGGAUACAUCCAUGGUUCCAGCCUUGUUAAAGUUGUCUUCCACGCAGAUUACAGGUCACGUGAACACGCUGGUUUUUCAGCUACUGUCUAUAGAGACUGUGGAGGUUCUUUGGAAUUGCCGUCUGGUGUUCUGGAAUACAAUCCACAAAUUCCAGUUAUAGUGUCCGACAAUUGGGCAAGUAGCGUUGUAUGCCAGUGGAAUGUAACAGUACCAGCUGGCAGGAAUGUAUCUGUUACUUUUGAUCGUUUUGAUAUACCUGCUGGUGUCCAUGGAACUGGCUGUGACCGGAAUGAAUUUCUUAUGUUGAAAAAUGGUGGCUCUGAAGACUCACCGCUCUUGGGAAAUGGCAAAUAUUGUGGGCCAAAACCAACUGAUCAGUUACAAACAACAGGCAACAAAUUAUUUGUCAAAUUUGUGGGACAUCGGCGUUCAGAGGGUUUCAAGAUCAAGUUUCAGCAGGUAUCACACUCUUGUGGUGGUAACUAUAUAUUGACAAGGGAUAUGAGAAGUGUGACUAUUAGCUCACCAAGAUAUCCGCAAAUACCACCACCCCACACUGAAUGCAUCUAUGUAUUCACAGCACCUGCUGGAGAGGACCUGCAGAUAGAGUAUGCGGAACACUUUGACUUGCGUGGAUAUGUAUCAUCUGGUUGUCCUGAGGAAGGUAUUGAAGUGCGUGAUGGAGGAACACUUGCUGCCAAAAUUGUGGGCGUAUUCUGUGGUACAGUUGCCCCAAGCACAUAUACUACUUCAUCUAAUGUCCUUCACAUUCGGUUUUAUACUAACACCAACAAUCCUCAUACUGGUUUCCAGGCAACUGUCUCAAUUGGAAAGUGUGGUGGUACACUAAGAGCAUACAGAGGUGUGAUAAAAUCACCUGGUUAUCCAGGGAAAUAUGAGAGAAAUAUCAAAUGCGAAUGGAAUGUUCGUGCUCCGUAUGAUUACUAUUACAUUCUGAAUUUUCAACUUACGGACCUGGAUUUGCCUGGCUAUGGUUAUUGUGAGGGCAAUGACAAUGUCACAGUCUCACAAAUACUUCCAUUCAAUGAUACUGCUGUGCCACUGGCAACAUACUGUGGGCCUAUGGAAAUUGUCAGUGACAAUUUGCUUAAUCUACAAACAACUUACUCAAGAGCCCGUGUCACUUUCAUGACUUCUGGAGCGAGAGGUUACAGUGAUUAUGCUUACAAAGGAUUCCGUUUUACUUUCAACACUACUUGGAAUCGAUGUGUCCAAGAGCUAACAGGGCCAGAAGGUGAAGUAACAAGUCCUGGAUACCCAAAUGCAAGGGAUCGAUUUCAGUCAUGUCAGUAUGAAAUUACAGUUCCCAAAGGCCGCCGUGUUUCCCUUGAUGUGCUUGACAUGGACCUAGACAAUAGCCUAAUGUACAACAGACCUGCCAGCUUUAUAUCAGUAUCUGAUGGUGGAGAGCUUGGUGUGACAUUAGCACGAUUAACUGCUCAGAAUGUUUCUGCCCAUAUUGAAACCUUUUCCAAUCGUGUAACACUUCAUUACUAUAGUCGCAAAACCAGAGGACAUCGUGGCUUUAAACUGCGCUACUCAUCAAAUGAACAACAAGUAUGUGGUGGCACCUUAACGCCUCUUGGUAGUGGUGUCUUGUCCUCUCCAGCUAGUAAUGGUAGCGCUUAUUAUUGUGAAUGGCAAUGGGAUGCUUCACCAGUAUUGGGAAAUCAGACUGUUGCAGCAAGUACACCAACUGCAAAAACUUUCACACUUAAGCUUCUAAGUGUUAAUGUUUCUGGUCCUUACGAGGGCUUCUGUAGAUGGUGGUAUAGUGGAAUAAAUAUCAUAACAGGUGAAAUCAGUGUGUCAGUGUGUAAAAAUAUUACAUCACCAAAAUACUUCAGCAGCCCAUUUCCAACAACCAAAAUUGUGGCCAGGCAGGAUUCCAUUGGAACUUUGCGCACAUUACAGUUCUCUGGUCAAUAUUCUGUUUCUGAUUGUGGAGGAGUAAUACUUGGACCUGAGGCAAAUAUUACAAGUCCUGGUUACCCUUCACCACCAUCCAAAAACAUUCAUUGUGCAUGGGCUGUCACAUAUCCUGAAGGACAACGGAUUAAGGUGCAUUUCUACCAAGUGAACUUUCGUGGAGGACCUGGAGAAGAACAUUAUUUUGCCAUUCAUAAUGGAGGAAGCAUUGAUUCCCCAGAGAUUGUGCAUUUAACAGCAGGUACAACCACUGCAACAGAUGUAAUUUCAGAAACCAACUAUGUCUGGAUUGAAUAUCACACAGGCCCUAACCCUUCAGGGCCUGGCUUCAGUCUACACACAUCUCCAGUAAUUUCAGGCUGUGGUGGAAUCCUACAUGAUAACAACCGAGAACUUGUGUCUCCCAACUAUCCAAAACAGUACCCAAUUAACAGUGAAUGUGAUUGGGAUAUUCGUAUUCCUGAUGGCUAUCAUGUUAAUCUUACUUUUAUUGAGCGCUUUCAACUGGAAAACAGCACCAAUUGCCAGAAGGAUUAUGUUGAGGUUUUUGACUAUGUUGCAUUGCAGUGGCUAUCCCUUGGACGUAUAUGUGGAAGAGCAGGUCUUCAGCAGUUCAAUUCAACAGGAAAUCGAAUGAGGAUCCUUUUCAGAUCGGAUGAUGCUACAAACGGUGAUGGCUUUAAGGCCUUAUGGAAUUAUGCAUGUGGAGGAAUUAUAUCAAACAGAACUGAGGGAACUCUUAUGUCACCUGGUUAUCCAAAUGGUUAUGCUCCAGAUCUUACUUGUAAUUAUACCAUCAUUGCACCAGGUCAUGUUAUAGAAGCUCACUUUUUGGAUUUCAAUAUUGAAAGAGGACGUGAUGAUUGCUCAUUUGACAAUGUCACAUUAUUUGGUGCAUUGCGUAGAUGGGAAAAUGUACCAACAAGUUUGGGAACAUAUUGUGGCCAGGAACCACCAUCUUCUGUCACAUCCAGAGACAGAUUGUCUAUCAUUUUCAGGAGUGAUGCAUACAUUUCUAAGAGUGGUUUCUUGCUCAAGUACCAGGUUUACACAUGCGGAGGUGUUAUGUCUUCUCCUGGAAUAAUCAAGUCUCCUUGGUCAAUGCAACAACCAGAUGAUUACGCAAUGCUGAACUGUACGUGGCAAAUUGUUGCACCAGCAAAUAAAAUCGUUGUUCUUAGAUUUUCAGAAUUCAGCAUGCCUGCUGACACACACUGCUACUUCUCAUCAGCAAGGUUGGAAGUCUAUGAUGGUAAUGCCACAGACACUGGAAAGCGUCUGGGGCUUUUCUGUUCCAACCUCACAGAUGCUCUCCCUGUUAUUUCAUCCACCAAUAACUCAAUGGCAGUCAGCUUCCUCACAUACUCAUUCCAGCCACCAUCUAAUUUUACUGGCGAAGUAAUCUUCAUGUAUGGUCCAUCCCAGGGCUGUGGAGGUAUUAUUCAUGUAUCAGAUAGUCCUCAGAUAAUUCAGUCAGUGGAUAUUGAUCAUAAUGGGCAAUAUGAAUCUUUCCUUGAUUGUCACUGGACAAUUCUUGCAAAUGUAUCAAGUAUAAUUCAUCUAGAGUUUGAUUCCCUCAACAUUGAAACAUGUCACAGUCCUUUACAAGCAAGCACAGAGUGCAGCUGCGACUAUAUUGAGCCCCAUGUGGUGCUCCAGUUCUGAAUGUUGGACAUGAACCACAAGAACUAAAAUCUCCUGGAUACCCAGGAAAUUAUCCAGCAAACAUCCGUUGCCGAUGGUUGUUAAGUGGUCCUCCUUAUGAAUCAAUUGAUAUUCAUAUAGCUGAUCUCCAGAUCAGUGGUGGCGGACAGAACUGUGAAAAAGCAAGACUGAGUGUGAAUGAUAGGCGGAAUGCUGAAUAUAUCAGAGAAGGCCUUGGUGAGAUGAUGAUAUAUAGUGGGAAACGAAAAGAGGGCUAUGUUUAUGGUUUUAUGGCUGAUCCUAUGGCUUCUGCAAAAUUCUGUGGAACUGUUCAGCCCAUGGAUUUUUAUUCAGGCACUGGUGAUGUUGAAAUAAACUUUGUAGCAUCUUCUGAAGUUGAUCGUGGUUUUAAACUUAUAUAUUCCUCAACAGGUUGUAAUCGUAAUUACUCCCAUGUGCAAGGACGGAUCCAGCUUGACAGAUUUACAGCUUCAUGCACAAUAGUGAUUUCAGCACCUCAGAAUAGUACAAUAUCUUUAUAUGUAUCUGAUUUCUAUAUUGGUGGUGACUGCAAUGCAGACAGUAUGAAAGUAUAUGAUGGAGGUUCAACCUCUGCUCCAUUACUGUCAACUAUGUGUGGCUAUAAAUUACCUGAUCCUGUGUUUUCUUCUGGACCACUUUUGCUACUGCAGCUGACACGCCAAACUACAUACUCAGUAACUAAUAUUGAUCUCACAUACACGACAACUGAUAAAGGUAAUGGCUGUGGAGGCAAAUUAUUUAACACGGCAGGCACAUUCAGUAGCCCUAUGUAUCCAACAAACUUCCGAAAUAUGUCUGACUGUCAGUGGGAGAUUUCUGUUCCUAAAAAUUUGCAUCCGUAUCUCACUUUUAGACAGUUUAGUAUUGGUUCAAGAACAACCUGCAGCACAGACUUUUUGGAGAUCUAUGACUUGAAUCAGGCCACUGGUGCAAAAACACUCCGCACAAAAUAUUGUGGAGAGGAUCAGCCAGCACCAUUUGAAGGAGCCACGACGACUACUGUUGUCCGAUAUGUGACUAGUGUUCAUAAUGGUGGAAGUGGAUGGUUCAUACAUUUUAUAGCAAAACACCCAGAGUCCACAAUAAUUGCAGUUUGAAUGUGCUGAAGAUGUGGAUAAGAGGAGGAUGGAGUGCUGAGGUUUCUUCUUAUCAUGAUAUGAAACUCCAAUGCACAUGAAUCCAUGAAAAACAACUUGCUGUAGUUAUUGUACAUACAUUCAAUAUACAGAGCUCUGUAUUUUAUCAUAGGAUAUUUGAGAAUUUUUUACUGUAAAGAAGACUGUAAAUAUUCUAGUCCAUACCUUGGUAAUAAAACAACUUUAAUGUUC